GUAUCUCUUUUAGGAAAUUAAUAUUUCAGUGCAUUUAUAUUCGAAAGGUUGAACCUCAAGUUGCCUAUUAUUUUCUCAAAACUUUAGUUGAGGUGUUUGGUUUGGUUUAGAAGUACGUUUCACCGCACAAUAGAAAUUAUUUGCCUUGUUGAAAUCAAUCGUUGUAGAAACAUUUUAAAUGCGUUUGCUUCUGGAAUCGUUUACCACAGUUCUUUUACUGAUGGUGAAAAAAACAAACUCUGAAAUCCUCGGUUGUGUCUUUGACGACACUGUAGAUAUAUCGGCAAGUCAAAAGCUAUCGAAUGGGUCUUACCUAUACGAAGGCUUACUGGUUCCCGUGCAUUUAACGGGUAAAUAUAACUUCAAAAUUAUGCCAGACGGCUCGAAGAAAGAGACGGAGAGCCACUUAAGAGGAUGUGUGUGCAAACUGAAGCCCUGUGUUAGAUUCUGCUGUCCUGAAAACCAAAAAAUGGAUCGUGGCAAAUGCCACGAUGAAGAGAAGGACAAGUUGGACGGGGUUGAUCCAUUUGUAAACAUAACGCUUCGCAACGGAUCGGUAGUCAUAAGACAUUAUCAAAAGGACCUAAUCGUGCAGUGGGAUUUGCCAUUUUCCUGUAAUCGUUUUUACCUACUAGAUAACCGAAAUGAAAUGGAUGAGUACAAUUUGUUUGAGAAUGGAACCUUUCUACGCAACUAUGACGACGUGUACUUGAACAAGGGGGAAUACUGUCUCCAGCAUCAUACCUUCGCAGACGGAAAUAAAACAUACUCUCGAAUUGUGCCCAUCAACUGCUAUGUAGAGCCUCCGACAGAGUGGAAGGCCUUGGUGUUGCUUUUAUCACUGAUAUGCUUGGUUUUCACGAUCAGUGUGUACCUUGUUAAUAAAAAGCUUCGAAACCUUAAAGGGAAGUGCUUUAUUUGCUACAUGGUCGCUCUUUUUAUGGCAUACCUUCUCUUAUUUCUCAGUUGGUUGGAUUUAUGGUUUGACUUUUGCCAAACACCAGGUUUCUUGACCUACUUUUUCUUCAUGUCUGCCUUCCUUUGGCUUUCUGUAAUCAGCCGUCACAUCUGGAAAACGUUAACCAAAUGCUCACAUUCCGUCAACCUGCCAAAGCGUCAGUUCUUGGCCUACAAUACUUUCGCCUGGGGAAUGGCGGCGGUGUUGACCGGAGUAACCUUUAUAGCCGAUAGGGUCGUGGAGAACAAGGAUUGGAGUCCUCUUGUGAGCAUUCACUGUUUUAUUAAUAAUGAUAUGUCGGCAUGGAUUUACCUUUUUGGACCGAUGCAGGUGCUGUUUAUGUUUAACAUUACCAUGUUUAUCCUGACGGUAAUUCACAUUUUAAAAGUAAAGCGGGUCAUUAACAACCUCUCACAGCAAGAGGAGGGAACACAGAGUUUCACCUUCUUUUUGCGGCUUUUCGUCGUCAUGGGUCUGUCGUGGAGCCUGGAAGUAUUAAUCUUCUUACUGAAAGAUUCUAGAUUUUUGGAAAAUGUUUUUGUAGUGGUCACCCUUUUUAAUUGGUCUCAGGGUAUCCUCAUUUUUGUACUUUUUGUUCUUAAGAGGAGCACACUAAGUCUUUUGAAGGAACGUUUUUUUUUUAGAUUCCGUUCUUCAAAAGUAAGUCGGUUGUCAACUGGCAUUUCUUUCAUCCAGCACAAAGGGCCCAUAAGUAAUUAAGUGAUAUUAAAUUAAAAAAAAAAUAUUGACUCCAAAUAUUAUUCUGUUUUUUAUAAUAACAAAAAUAACUUAUUUACCACGACACUAUUCAAAUUUAUUGAAGAAAAAAAGGUCAUACCAAU